AUGGACCCAACGCAAACAGGGAGUCGAGCACCUUCACUGCCGCUCUGGAAACAAAGUGCUUCAAGCUACCGAACCAGACAACCGGUGGAAUACUCCAAAUUAGGAGUGCUUCUUGCAAUGUACUUUAGAUCAUCCAACAGGUACUCGGAGGGUCUAGGUUGUGACUGGGGCUUCUGCUACAGUUCUGGGACUGACUAUGAACUGUUUAAGACAAUACUGUUUGAUAAGCCUCUCCAGAGCCGAAAUCUGCAUCGACGCAGUCAGAUACCCGUCAGUACGACAUUUCUGUCGCUCGACCACCCCAGUCACCCCCGUACUUCGAUAGUAUCAAGGACGCUAUCCAUUUCGUCAUUCUCGAAUCAAUUGAAUAAUCAGCAGAGCUCCGAGUUAUUGAAAAUCGAGUGGCUCAAAUGGAUACAAGGGGAGAAAUUUGCUCGUGGCUACAUGCCACAGGCUAACGUUCCAUCCUCUUGGUUGAGGAACGUUUGCCUGUUCCAAGCCACAAUGGCAUCGAUCGUAAAGUGA